AUGUGUGACGACAGAAAGAAAGGAGAGGAAGAAGAGGCAGAGGAGGAGGAAGAGGAAGUGACCAAUCAGCCGUUUCCACCUCCCCCCUCCUCUAUUGCCGUGGAGACGAUGAUGUCAUUGCGGAGGCAGGACCUGGUGUGCAUUGUGUGUUUUGGCAGCUAUGACCUCAUGACGCGGUUGCCACGGAGAUUGCACUGUGGCCACGCCUUCUGCCAGGCGUGUCUGAAGAGACUGGACACAGUCAUCAACGAACAGGUGUGGAUCCCGUGUCCUCAGUGUCGGCAGAACACGCCUCGGCCCCGCGGCGGUGCCGCUGGUCUGGACCUGGACCUGCCGUCCUUCUUGGGGGUGAAGGCCCAGCAGGCCUGCGGCUCCUCCUCCUGGAGGGAGGGGGCGCCGGCUGGAGAUCCGGCCCAGGAUGGGAAGCUGUGGCUGGGGAAGGAGGUUGCAGAUGAUGGCUGGUCACACGGAGGUCUGGCCGAGCCGCGCUUCCAUCGCUAUGGCAACUGCUGCCCGCCGCCAUCCUAUUGGCUGUGCUGCUGGUUCUGCUGCCCAGGUCGAGGAUAACGCUGAUGGGCGGGACCAGAACGGGCCUGCGUGUACUCCCUUCAUGUUGUAUUUAAAGAAACAUGAAGCCGAGUUGUUAUUCAAUUUGAAAACUAGAAAAAUAAUUAAAUUCUAUUAAAACCAAAAGCUGAGCAGAAGAUAAUACAGACUGAACUUGCUCAUGUUCUGUUUGUGUUGGAGGAAGCUAAGGGACGUCUGAUCCCUGAGUUUGUCCUGACAGCAGCACUUGCUGCAGCCUUACAGACAAUACUCAGGGAAUCAACAACUUCAAGU